UUCAUUGAAUACAUAGAACAGUUAUGUUAUGACUUCAGUCUAGUGAGAAGCUGGAAAACUUUGUGAUAAUCCAAAUUAAAAGAGUGAAUCAGUGCUGUAAAUCUGCCAAAUGGAUAAAAGAAAGAAAGGAUCUCCUACAGAAUUAAGGCUUAUGGUGGUCGGCAGCAGGGGACCUUGGCAGUUCCUUCUAACAAAUGCCAUACUUGGGAGGGAGGAGUAUUCAAACGAUAUCACUGGCAUUUCUGACAGCAGGAAGAGCACUGGAGAGCUGGCUGGUAGACGAGUGGCUGUGGUCAAUGGACCAAACAUCUUUGACAAGGAUAUAUCUCAAACUAAAAGGAAGAUGGAGCUGAGAAGGUCUAAGUGCUUAUGUAUUCCUGGUCCCCAUGCCUUUCUUGUUGUCUUUGACAUGGAGAAAAUCUCCCCGAAUGAAAUAAGAACCCCCAAAUUGUUGAGGAAACGCUUUGGAAGACAUUGUCCGAGGCACUGCAUGGUUCUCCUGGCUUAUGAAGGAAACCUGGAGGGAGCUGACCUGGAAGACAGGGUGCAGAAGAGUGACUGGCCCCUGAAGGAACUGAUCGAGAAGUUCGGUGGACGCUUUCACGUUUUCAGCAAGAACUGGAGAGAUUGCAGCCAGGAAAGAGUGCUGCUGCAGAAGAUCGAGAGGAUGGUCGCCUCCUUAGGAGGGGGCUGCUUCUCCAGCAGAAGUUUCCAGAAGGCUGAGGACUGUGUGAGGAAGGAGGAGAAGAGGCUCAUGAAGCAGAGGACAGCAGAGAUAGAGAAGACAUGGAGGGAGAUGGAGAAGCAAUACAUAGCGGAGGAGCUGUAUCACCAGAAGGACGCCUACACCAGCAGUGUCAGUGCUGAGAUCAGAGCCAAGGCGGAGAUGGACAAUGGAUGGCUCAGAACCUCCAUGGCAAAAGGACUAGGGACGGGUUUAGUUGUGGGAGCUGUCAUGGGUGCACUGUUUGGGUCCAUAGAGGGGCCAGGAGGGAUGGUUCUUUAUGGGAUCAUAGGUGGUGCAGUAGGUGGAUCGGCAGGAGGAACAGCCCAGGUAGCUAUAGAGCAUAUUGAAGACAGAGUGGCUCCUCCUGCCCGACUGAACUUUAACUCAAUCUUCAUCAAUCGCUUUUUUGCAGCUCCUCGUCCAUGACAGCGAAUUUUUCAGGAAUAAAAUGAAAUGAAAUGUAUCUAAAUAUUGCUUAUGUAGUUUUUAAGGCUGACUUGAUACCAAAGUAGAUAAGAAAAUGUACCACUACCUUUAGGUUAAAACUAAAGCUUGGCUUGUUCUAUGCAAUGCAGCUGAAGUGAAUUACUGAUGGUCACAAACACUAAAUCUCAUGGCUGAUUUGAACUGUAAAUUUGUAUUUUGAAUAAACCAGUUGUCAUUUGUGACAGCACAUGUGAGAA